CAUUUUGUAGAGAAUUAAAUGGUGAAUCUUUUGCAAAAAGCAGCUGAAUUUUAUUAUGUAUGUUUCAUAUAAAUAACCUCAGUUUACAGAGAGGGGUCGAAACUUAUGAAACACCCUUUAUGCUCACAGGACGGCACUAUUAGUUUUUUUUCAACAGUAAUCUUCUAUGAAUUAAAAUGUUCCGAAGAUCUGAAUAUGACUUCUUUGCUUAUGCUUCGUUAUGUUUUAAUGUACUGAGAGUAUUUGAAUCUUGAAUAAUCAGAGAAUUAUUUGUACAAAAAUGUUUGUGGUCGCUCACCGUUUUCUUCGACCUGAAUAAGACUUUGACGCACACCAUUCAGUCAUAUUGCACUUCAGUUUAGUAGAGCACAUAGUAGUUUGAAUGUUUUUAUUUUUCUCUUUUUGUUUGUAAUCUGUAUCUUUUUUGUAAAACCAGCAGAUAUUUUUAUCAGCACAAGAGUUAGCUUGAACUUCAAUAAUGUUAACAACCUCGCGGCCCAAAAUGAGCUACCGAACAUUUUGCCCUACUUCACCCGCACAUAUCCGAUAAUGGUUGGUAUUGGAUACACCUCCAUUCUUCCUUCGGUCAUCCUAAAUACAUUGCCCUUUUCGUUUUUUUAUCACAGAUCUGUUCAAUCAAUUAUCUCAACUACACUCGGACUAUGUUAAAACAUUGAAAAGAUCAAACGAAAAGAAUUUCUCUGUUUACCGAGGACAACAACUAUCUAUUGCCGAACUGAAAAAACUUCAAGAUAAUAUAGGUGGACUUAUUUCUGUAAUGACAUUUCUAUCAACAACAACAUCGUCGUCAACUGCGGUAGACUUUGCAGGAGACGGUUAUGGACGUCCUUAUUUUGAAUCAAUAUUCAUGGAAAUAGAAAUUAAUCUUAAUGUUGUAACAACACCGUUUGCAAAUAUAUCAAAACUAAGCCAUUUGGAAACAGAAAAUGAAGUUUUAUUUUCAGUAGGAACAAUUUUCCGAAUUGACUGUGUUGAACGACAUACGUCAACUCUCUGGUAUGUAAAAUUGACAUUAUGUGAAGAAGACAAUAAGGAAGUUAAAUGUUUGAUUGAUCAUUUCAAAAGCGGAAUUGGUCAAUUUCGGACAACUGAACAUUCAUUUGCAAUUUUUGGAUCUAUUUUAUGUGAGAUGGGUGAAUACGAAAAGGCAAAACAAUACUAUUUUAUUUUACUCAGAGAACUUGAAGAAAACCAUCCGUUAAUUGUAUCAAUUUAUGAGAGUUUGGCAUGUGUUUGUGCAGCACAAGCUGAUAAAUGGUGUGUGAGCACGCGUGAAAAAUAUAUUCCACUUGUGACAACGGGUGAACUGAUCACGAAAACGUUUCGCGUCAUAUUUUUUGCACGUGAUCACAGGUGA